AUGAAUGUUCUUCAACUACUACCCUUCGUCAUCUUGCCUCUACUUUGCCUCCUCAAUGUGAUCCAAGCACUUGCCAUUACCAUAAACGACGUCAAAAUUGAAGAUCCAGCAUUAGUUGUCAAAUCCAAAUUCAAAAAAUACUUGCCUGCUUUACAAAACUCUUUGGAAAUACCUAUACGUCCUAAUCAACAAACCAUUCGUGAAUCCUUUAUUCGUCCUCAAGGUGGUGGUAGUAUUGGAGGUGCUUCUCAUAUCAAGCAGCAUGGUAUAAAAUCGUUUUUUAAAAAGGCAAAAAGUCAUUCAUCUAUUCUGCUGACUCUACUGCUGCUGCUGCUGCUGAUGGCACCCCAGCCUACAAAUGCUGAUGGCACUGAUAUCAACGAUGACCAGGAUUUCAUAUUAAAUCAAGUUGACAACGAUUCGUUUAUUUUCAAUACCAGUGAUACAUCAACAGUUCAUUCACGUCCCUCUUGGAUAAAAAGUUUCCUCAAUUACAAGGCCAAACAAACCAUGCUUCAUUCCAUGUCAAUCAACCACAACCACAUCCCCUUCUCGCGUAAAUCCAAUAACCAUAGCCCCCAUAGCUCCAAUCAAAACCUGGACCUGAAAUUGAAAUCUAAAAUCACCGAAUAUGAAGAUUCUUUAAGUAAUCCCAAUGAUAUAAAACGAUGGGUCCGAUUAAUUGCCGAUAAGCCAAAAGCAGCAAGUAACAACAAUGAUGGAUCUUCAACGGGAUCAGCAUUCAUCUCUUCAUCAAUCAAAACCAAGAGUUUCUCCAACGGCAACAAAUCAAGUGAUCAAAUUGAAAUUGAUAUUGAAGAAUUUAUCAAUUAUCUAAUCAAUGAACAAGGUUUCAAUUCUGAAGACCUACAAUUCUUGCGAAUGAAGGGCUUGGAUUAUGGGUUAGGUGAAAUUGAACAAGAAUUGAAUAAAUUAAAAGACCAGCAGGGGAAACCAAAAGUGAUUAAAAUUGGUGGCGAAGAAGACCAUAAUGUUGGUGGUGGCAAUACUUUCAAAGUCAAAGCUGUACUCUUCUUGGCUUCUCUACUCUUGCUGUUUUGA